AUGGCGGCGGCGACAAUGCGCGGAUCGCCUGAUCUGGCGAGCCACAGCUUUAAUACACAGACAGGCAAGGGAGCUCGCCGAGCUUCGGAGAGUCGCAGGUAUAGCACAACGGCUCCAAGCACGGAGAGCUAUGAAGAAGACACAGGAUACGAGCUUCCGGCGACAGAGGGCCCUUACAAGCAACCUACGCCUAAGGCCAUCUCAGGUCCGAAGGGAUCAGGGCCGCCGACUCGGUCAUUCUCAGCCAGAGCAGCCGCCAAUCUGAAUUAUACUACGCGCAAGCCUGCGCCUGCGGCCCCUCCGGGGCUCAGCGAAGAAUCUACCACCCCUCGCGGCCUUCCACCCACCGACUAUCUCCAGGGCCCCGAUGCAGUUAUGCAAGAGAAUGAAGAGCCGAUUCCCCCAUCGGAGGCUGCUGCUCCGAGUAUGCCAUCGUCGCCCAGUCGAUCGAACACCCUGCGCUCAACAAGUGGUUCUGGUACUAGGCGAGAUUGGGCAUCGGAUCGUUCGCCAUUACAGAAGCUUGAAGUGACCCUCAAUGGGAUCAGCAAAGAGGAGAAGCGAGCACGAGUACAAGAAGCCGAAAUGAGGCUAAGAGAACGCCUUGCUCGCCAAAAAGUCGCAAAAGAGCAGGCCGAGGCUGCCGCUGCUGCCGCUAGUGCUCCUCAACCAGGUUCAAAGCAGAGCGCACCCUCGGAGGAUCAUGGCAUUCCUGCUUACGCGAGAAAGAAUAAACCGAAGGACAUCAUAGUGGAGGAGACUGCACGGGGAGCACCACCUAUGCCUCGGCCGGGGGGUACCGGAGUGCGCCAUAGCAGAGCCGUCUCAAUGAAUCCUCAAUAUCCGGUCAUCCGUGGGCCCGAAAUUGCUCAUCACGCCCGUGCAGAACAUGCCGUACCCACAUCAGUGACGACGGGCAGUAUUCCACGGCGAUCAGUCUCAGUGCGUGAACAUCCGGCAAAGGAGGGACCUGCUAGCGAAAGGUUUACACACUCGCGCCCAAUCUCCCAGCAAGGCCCCCCGAAGCCGAUGCAGGCUGUUCCUGCUAUCUCAAGUGCAGAGAGGAUAGAGACUCCUCUGGCUUUGAAAUCCCUAUCUGGUGGCUCGCUUCCGAAGUCGAAGCCACGGCAAACAGUGUCAUUUGAUGUGCCACCGCCCACACCUCCACCGAUUUUCGAGUGGAGGAAUGCACCCGUUGCUCGGCUUGGAGCCACAGACUUUGAUUUCCAACAUUUGGAUAUGGAUCGAAGCAAAGCAUGGUGGGAAGGCGGCGCUUCGUCCGAUCGCAGAAAGAGCAGGGCUCUUCCCAAUGAUUAUCACACUGCGGCUCAGAAGUUAACAGGAGUCACUGAGCACAAAAUUUUCCAGCCAAAAUUGUUCUUGAGAUGUGGCCCUCUGCUCAGAUACACUGGCAUCAAGAAAGAGAGUAUCGAUGGAGCCCACGGUCCCGUCGAAAAGGAAUACUGGCGUGGCUCCAUUCUGAUUGUCACAAAGGACUCCCGCUCCUUUUACGACACCCCGCCUACAUUGAGACUCUUCUCACAGCCAAUGGAUCUCUUGCCCCCUCCACCGGCAGAGGUCAAUGGCGAGGACGGGGCUCUCGCACCUGAAUAUGUCGACCCUACUGCCGGCCUCAUGAAAGUCGGCCGCGAUGGACGUCCACUGUAUGUGAAGCCAGUGGACCACCUCGAAGAAAAUGUUGACCUGUCCGCCGUGGAAAAUGAUGACGGGAUCUACGAGCUAUCCCCCAGCAUAAUUGACCACAGCACGGAGGGAUCCAAGCAACCUAUAUCUUCAAACAGAAUCCAUCACGUCGACGGUGAAACCGCGGAACUACAUCGAGAUAUUUCCGGAGUCCGUCUAUAUGCCGAUGCUGCCAGAGACGUAACCUUUUGGAGAUUCAACCUUGAGAUCGAGCUCAGCGCAACGCAGCAGCGGAUUGCCUACCGCAUUAAUCAAGGUCCUGCCUUGGGAUUCUGGGUUCCAGCAAUGAGCCAACCUAUGAACAUCAUGUUCCACAGUGGCAACGGCUUUGGCCCUACUGCCGACCCAGACCCUCUCUGCGGACCUGAUCCACUCUGGCGUGAUAUUUUGAACGAGCACCAGACGCAACCUUUCCAUGUGAUGAUCGGUGGUGGCGAUCAGAUUUUCAACGAUACAGUGAUCACAGACUCAGCACUAUUCCAGGAAUGGAUCAAGAUCAAGAAUGCAGCAGAGCGAUAUGGGGCGCCACUUACCCCCGAAUUCCGUGCCGAGCUCGAGAAGUUUUACCUUGAACGCUAUGCUUCAUGGUUCUCACAAGGUCUCUUCUCCUUGGCUAACUCUCAAAUUCCAAUGAUAAACAUCUGGAAUGAUCAUGAGAUAUUUGAAGGAUUUGGAUCUUAUCAUGAAGAUUUCAUGCGAAGUGCUGUUGUCUCCGGGCUGGGGAAGAUUGCGUUCAAGUAUUAUCUCUUGUUCCAGCAUCACAGCGUGCCAGAAGAAACAGAGAUGGACGAGCCUAGCUGGCUUCUUGGUGCCAGACCUGGUCCAUACAUUGAACAAAGAAGCCGAAACCUAUUUAUGUCUCUAGGCAGCGAUGUGGUCUUCUUGGGCCUGGACUGCCGAACUGAACGACAGAGCAACGAGGUCCUUAGCUCCGAAACUUGCGAAUUGAUCUGGGAUCGAUGCCACCGUGAAAUCAUUAAAGGGAAAACGAAGCAUCUGAUUGUUCUCUCGAGUGUGCCCAUUGCCUAUCCUCGCGUGAGCGCCCACAAGGCUGUGCUCAAGAAUUACAUGAACAGUCGCAAAUCCCUAGGCAAAGCUGGCAUGAUCGGUGGCCUUGUCAACCGUUCCGGUGGCAACGUGGAAGUGUUCGACGACCACUGGACCGGAAAGCACCUGAAGUCCGAACGUACCUGGCUGGUGGAAGACCUGCAAGAUCUCGCUGCAGAUAAAUCCGUUCGAGUCACUAUUCUCAGUGGCGAUGUUCACUUGGCGGCCAUCGGACAAUUCUACUCUAAUCCGAAGCUGGAUGUUGCCAAAGACCGAGAUUACCGAUACAUGCCGAACGUGAUUUCCUCCGCCAUUGCCAACAUGCCCGAGACAGAACUUAUUUCAGACAUGCUCAACAAGCGCAACACAGUGCAUCACAUGGACUCGAAUACAGACGAAGAUGUUAUCCCCAUCUUCACACAAGACGUCGAUGGCAAGCCGCGCAACAACAAGCGUCUGCUCCCUCGGCGAAAUUGGUGCUCUAUCCGGGAAUAUCGCCCCGGCUCAACGCCUCCCGGCACGCCCGAGUCGGAUAUGACGCCGACCCCAGAGCCCCGUCCUGGCAAGCUUCAACGUACUCUAUCGCUGGGACGUGGAGACAAAGGACCCGGUAGCAAGCCUGGUGGUCUCCUGCGGCGGUUAUCCAUACGAGGACCUCCUCCUACCAGGACUAUGAGCUUCGGGCGCGAGGCUGCAAUACCCGAUCGAGGAGCUCGUGUCAAUGCACCAUUUCCCCGCCCCAACGAGGGCGGAGAUAGCUAUUUCCCGGGAGACCCACAAGAGCCUCAGCCUGGUCAAUUCCACCGACGGCCUACCAAUCUCAGUCUGAAGGCAGCCAAGAAAGCAGCCAAGCAAGGAGACGAUGGCGCUGGGGCUUUUGUCGACCUCGAGGGUGGACUGGCCAUCACCUUGAACCUGGAGAUCAGUCCGCACGACCCCUCCGGCAUCACUGUACCCUAUAAACUACUCGUACCUGUCCUACGCUACGACAGCACCGAAUAUGACCCCCGGCCCACUCCAGUGGUCAAGGGCUGGCGCAAAUGGCUGAGCAUGCCGCGCAUCAAGAAGAACGAGGAGGAAAACGGCGACGAAUACGAGGAGGAAGAUGACGCCGAUGAUUACGAAGACCAUGACACCAUCAAUAAUACCCGCGCAAACGCCGCCGCCACUCACCCACAGUAUGAAAGAUACCCUGGAAGUGACGAGGAGUCGGAGGGAGAGGUGCCGCACCGAUUGCCCCCUGAGGCCGUAGCUGAUGAGUCUCCCGAGGAGGAUGAAGGGCCUAGUCGGCCACGAAAGAGGUGGUUUGGGGUGAUUUGA